GUUUUUAAUCAACCUGAAAUGCAGAUUUUCAAGUCAGGCCAGAGCCAAGAUUCGCACCCAUAACUUCUCAACUUUGAGGCAGACUUGCUGACCAUUAGUCCACUAGUGGUGCUACACUGAUUAAAAAAAUGCAUCUGAAAAUUACGUGACACUUUCAACCAAAGUCCCGGAAUGUUCCAAUUUCUUAUUUUACAAUAUCCUUUUAUGAGCUUAUGAUAAUGUGGUGGACUCUAGACCCCAGAACCCGUGAAUGGCUGAUGUGGAUUACGGGUCAGCACUGCAGAGCAUCAGCUAUUGGAUAACGGCAGCUUAUCAGUUGAGUCACUGAGCCCUUGGCGGCUUUAUAAGGGUCUGCAGGGGACAAAUCAAGAGCGGAGCUAAGGAGGCUAAAUAAGGAAGGAGUUGAAUUGCUUUCUGCCUUCAGAGGAGCUCGCUGAAGGGCAACCAUGCGUCUCGUAGGCUCCGCUGUCCUGUUCAGUGUCCUGCUGCAGGCUUUGGGAGCCCCAACAGAGGACUGGAGCUCGGCCACAUCCAUCUAUGAUUUCUCAGCCACCGACAUUGAUGGCAAUGUGGUCUCUCUCGAAAAAUACAGGGGCAACGUGGUCAUCAUCACCAACGUAGCGUCCAAAUGAGGUAAAACGCCCGUAAACUACUCUCAGUUUGCCGAGAUGCACGCCAAAUAUGCUGAGAGAGGUUUACGCAUCCUCGCCUUCCCUUCCAACCAGUUUGCCAACCAGGAGCCGGGGACCAAUGCCGAAAUCAAGCAGUUUGCGCAGUCGUACAACGUCCACUUCGACAUGUUCGGCAAGAUCGACGUCAACGGGCCCGACGCUCACCCGCUGUGGAAGUGGCUGAAGGAGCAGCCCAACGGGAGAGGCUUCCUGGGAAAUGGCAUCAAGUGGAAUUUCACAAAGUUUCUGAUCAAUAAAGAGGGUCAGGUGGUGAAGCGAUACGGACCCAUGGAUGAUCCAAGCGUGGUGGAGCAGGAUCUUCCUCCGUAUCUGAACGCCUAGAUGACCAACACCUCACUAUCUCGCCGUUGUCUCAUUUCCUUCUGUAUUCUUCCCUCUCUCCGAGCAC